AAUUUAUACCGCGCAUGGUAUAGGCAAAUUCCAUUUACCCUUAAUGACUAUGACCUAAAUCUUUCUCCUGAACAAUGUAAACUAAAGCUUAGGGAAGAAUUCAACAAGAAUCGCCAUGUAACAGACAUCAGAGUGAUUGACAUGCUGUGUAUCAAGGGUCAGCAGGAUCUUGAGGAGACGAAAAAUGUAUGGAAACAGGCAAAUCACGUGAUGGCAUACUUCAAACCAACACACAAUCCAAAACCUGAUGACUUUAUAUCAAAAUUUUACGAUGGUCAUGAACCAUAAAUUGUUUGCCUUUCAUUCUUGUUAUAUUAGAAUUAACUGUUGUAUAGAUGAAGCAAUUCGAACUUUCUAGAAUUUUUGUCAGACAGACUUGGCAUUUUAUUACCAGAAUUUUUUGUGUUUUGUGAAAUUUGGUAGUACAACGUAUGUAUCUGAUUAAAUUAUAAAAAAUG